UCACAGUCAUAUCCUGUCACAACACCAACACAAGGCAUACUAAAUCCAGGGCAAACGGGGGUUUCCCUAAACAUACUACUCUUCAAGCGCUAUUCGAAGCCUCAUAAAAAGAUGUGCAUCACUUAUCACUACCAAGACUUCCACUGCGGCCACCGCUGGGCUACCAUCGGGGUCCCUUGCUAUCCCGGCAUGGGCUUCGACACUUGCCCGGACUUUGUCAGCGGUCAGGCGAAGCCGCUGCCGCCGCGGCUCGUCGCUCGUGGCGAGCCCUGUCCCAAAUGUGACCUCGGGGGCGUCUAUGAUCGAAACCAGAUUCGCAUGGUCACCAACAUACGAAACGGCUUCCGCUGGGGACUGGGUCCGGGCAGCACGGACCCAGGGUGUGAUGUGAUGUGUACAGUGAUGUGAGGGAUGGACAGUGCUUGUGAGGUUACGGAAGGAGAUUGAAGGUAUUGUAUUUGGGAGAGGGGAUUGAGAAGGACAGAAUCUUGCUUGCCCCUCGCGAGACAUGAGUUCUUUGCAGUUGGCGAGCAAGCGACUGCGGCAACAAUCCAUGAGGAGUUACUGUAUAUGAACCUCUAGACUGCUCAUGAUGAACCCUCAACUACUACCAGCGAUUCUGUACCAGUCAGCCUUCCAUUGGACGAAGACGGUCCAUUUCAUAGCAUUAAUGUCCUGCAACAUAUUGUCCUGGGAAACAUAAUUUGCUUCUUUGAGGAGGUUCAGGGAGCAUGAUAGUCAGCACCAGGACAUCCACGCACUUACAUUCUCCCCCUA